AUGAGGUUCUGCCAGCCCCUCCCUGCCCGGCCUGCCGUGCGCUCUGGACGACCGCCAGGGCUGGGCCUGCUGGUGAAGCUAUGUCAGGACCUUCUUGCAGAGCCCGCGGACAGCGGCCCCUCCCCAGGGGCAUCGCCCCCCUCCCGGCUGAGCACUGUCACCUCGGAGGACCUGGGGCUCCUGGUGGGAAGCCUGGCCAGCCCCGAGCCCUUGAGUCUGGAGACGUCGGAGAGGGAUGCGUCCAGCCUCCUGGCGUCUACCGCCUCUGUCCCCGAGCGGGACACUGCCCAGCAGCUGGAGCAGUGGGUGGCCUCCCUGCAGGCCGAGGUGGCCUGCCUGCGGGGGCAGGAGGAGCGCCGCGAGCGCGCCACGCUAAGCCUGCUGCGGGAGCUGCUGCGGGUGCGUGCCCUCGUGCGGGUGCAGGACUCGGAGCUGCAGCGGCUGCAGCAGGAGGUGCAGCAGGCGGCCCCUGAGAAGGAGGCGCCAGAGCCCCCUGGCCCCCAGAGCCAGAACCAGAUGCAGGCCCUGGACAAAAGGCUGGUGGAGGUGCGGGAAGCCUUGACCCAGAUCAGGAGGCGGCAGACGCAGCAGGACUCCGAGCGGAAGGCCACCGAGCAGGAGGUGGCCCUCAGGCUGGCCAAGCUGACCGACUCGCUGAGGCAGGAGGAGCAGGGCCGGGAGGCGGCCUGCAGCGGCCUGCAGAGAAGCCAGGAGGACGCCAGCCAGCGAGUGGGCCACGAGGUGGCCAGGAUGCAGGCCCAGGUGACGACGCUCGGCGAGGAGAUGAGCCUUCGCUUCCUGAAGAGGGAGGCCAAGCUGUGCGGCUUCCUGCAGAAGAGCUUCCUGGCCCUGGAGAAGAGGAUGAAGGCGGCGGAGAGCUCACGGCUGCGGCUGGAGGGCCGCCUGCGGGAGGAGCUGGAGGGCCGCUGGGAGGCGCUGCGGGAGCUGAUGGAGGAGCGCCUGCGGGCCCUGUGUGGGCAGCGCCAGCAGGAGGAAGGCCACCUCCUGGAGCAGUGCCGGGGUCUGGACGCGGCUGUGGUCCAGCUGACCAAGUUCGUGCAGCAGAACCAGGCAUCGCUGAACCGCGUCCUGCUGGCCGAGCAGAAGGCCCUGAUUGCCAAGGGGCGCUUGGAGGAGGGCCAGGCGGAAGAGCUGGCCUCGCAGGUGCAGGAGAGCCUGGGGGCGGCGCAGCGGGCCCGAGAGCUGGCCCUGCAGGAGACGCACAGCCAGCUGUCUGCGCUCCUAGAGAAGAGCCAGGACCUGGAGGCGUCGGUGGCCCAGCUGGCCGCACAGCUGAAGGAUCUGAGCGACCAGUUCCUGACCCUGAGCUGGAGGCGGGACCUGCAGGGGCAGAUGCUGGGCCUGCGGCUGUCCGAGGCAAAGACCGAAUGGGAAGGUGCGGAGAGGAAGUCCCUGGAGGACCUGGCCCGGUGGCAGAAGGAGGUUGCUGGGCACCUGCAGGGCAUGUGGGACAAGGUGGACAGCCUCCCCCGGCAGAUAGAAGGCGUCUCAGACAAGUGCGUCCUCCACAAGAGUGACUCAGACAUCAGGAUCUCUGCCGAAGGCAGGGCGAGAGAGUCCGAGGUCGGGGCCCUGCGGCAGGAGCUGGCCGCCCUGCUGUCGUCCGUGCAGCUGCUCAAGGAGGACAACCCCGGGCGGAAGAUCGCCGAGAUGCAGGGCAGGAUGGCCACGUUUCAGAACCAAAUGAUAAAACUGGAAAAUAGCAUCCAAGCCAACAAGACCAUCCAGAACCUCCAGUUUAACACAGAAACCAAACUGCGCACGCAGGAGAUGGCGGCCCUGCGGGAGAGCCUGGUGCGCCUGUGGGGCGAGGAGGGCCCCCGGGCGCUGGCGCAGGGCAGCCGCAAGGCGCGCGCGUCCCUGGUGAGGCAGCGGUGCUUCGUCAAGGACGGGGCCCCCGGCGAGGUGGUCCCCGUGAACCGCUGGGGCGUGUACCAGGCCGUGAGGUGGCUGCAGUGGAAGGUGACCCUCCUGACCCUGGCGGCGCAGCGGAGGCCGGGAGGGGCCCCGGGGCAGCCCCACAGCCGAGCCUGCACAGCGCCUCACGUCUUUGCCCCACCGCCAGAAAUAAACGUGCCUUGA